CAUUGAAUCACUCUCUGCCUUGAUUUUAGUUGCUCACUCACCCUCUAUUUUGUUACCUUCUCUUCUCCUCUAUUUUGUUACCCUCUCUUCUCCUCUCUUUCUCUUUCUCUCUCCCUCUCCCUCAGAGGCAUGUUCCAACCUCAACCCACACCUUUCGCCUCCUCCAGCUUCGCGUCCUAUGGCCUAGCUUCAGACCUGGACUUUGGCUUUCCCGUGUCUGCUGGAGGUGGAGGUGCUGGCUUCUACAACAACCCGCCUGCACCAUCAUCACAGCUUCCACAGUCGCAUGCACUUCAAUCGCAAACACAGCAACAGCAACAACCGCGUCUUGUUCAGCAGCAGCAACAACAAAUUCCUCGACAGCAGCACCUGUCUUCUUCCCCCACUGCAGCCGCGCCAUCUGUAUCGCCCUAUUCCUCUUCACAAAACUCCACCUCAAAAGCUUCUUCCUCGCCAACUCUAGCGCAACCGUCGCAAAGCCACCAUCAUCAACAGCAGCAGCAGCUUGACAUUCUACAGCACACGCAGUACGCAACACAACCUCCUGUUGUGCUCAAGAUGGAGGAUCAAGGCCAACACGAUAUGGCCGCGCAGCAGGCUGCUGCAGAGGAUUAUCAACCUGUUCUUGAGGGUCUCGCAGUAGGGAACAAAGUCUCGAGCGAUGUCAUCACCCACGAGUAUGCCAAAGCCGAUCCCGUCUAUGUCGAAAAGACAAUCUCUCUCCCCCAAACCUACUCACACUUCCGCCCCAUUCAAGGCGACGGUAACUGUGGAUGGCGAGCAAUUGGCUUCAGCUACUUCGAGAAACUUGUUGAGUCGGGGGACCAGGCCAAGAUCGAGGGCGAGGUGGCACGUCUUAUGAGCAUGAACCAUUUGCUGGGCUCGGUUGGUGGCUAUCCAUUCUACGACGACUGGUCAGAUGAAAUGUUUGACUUCUUGCGCGAAGUCGCUCAGAAUGUCGCCAACCCCCUGUACGUGCAUUCAUUGAUCCAAGCCAAGUGGAACGACCCUGUUGUGUCAAGUAACAUCAUUUACUACCUUCGCCUACUUACAGGGACAUACCUCAAGCUCAACGCUGCCAAGUACGAUCCUUUCGUGACGGACGGAGGUGGUGUUGAAGCUCACUGCCGGCAAUGCGUCGAGAUUCCCAACCGCGAGAUCGAGCACCUCGGUAUGUCCGCCUUGGCCGAAGUCCUCCUCAGACCUGCCAACUUAGUACUUGAGAUUGCGUACCUCGACCGCAGUGCAGGUACUCAAGUCAACCAAUACCGUGUGCCCGAUGAACUCAACACCCAAGACGCCAGCACACUUGGCCCCAUUAUCUAUCUGCUCUACCGACCCGACCACUACGACAUCCUGUACAAAGCAUCCACCAUGCAGGUGCUUCGUGUCAGCGGCUUCACCCACAACACUAACAUCACAACCGACCAAGCGGAUCUCGGACAGUAUUCGACCAUGAACUUUGAUGCGUUGUCUAUCAUCCCGGGCUUCAGUAGCACAAUGGGAGGGCUUGCGCAGCUCGCACCACCUCAAGCCAGUUCGGCGCCAGAACAAUUCUCGCCUGUGCAACAGAGCCCAUGGAUCUCAUCUUUCCCUGAACCUUUGCCUGCUACGACACCGAGAGUAGCGGCACCGCAGCCACCACCCAUCAUGGCAUCUCCUCAACCCCCAACCCCACCGGCCUCGAUAUCGGGAAGUUCUGCAAUUGCGCCAAGUCCAGCGAUGCUACCUGCGCCUGGCCCAGGACCUCAGAAUUCGCUCCCCAUGCGAGGCGCUUCAAGCUACCACAUCCGAUUCAGUCCUGUUCAGCUCGACUAUGACGAGGGCAAGAACAACUUUCCGGAAUCGACGUAUCAAGUGACGACCAACACGUUUAAGAACAGUAUUUGGAACCGAGCCCACUACUGCAACCCCAACUUUCACCCCGAGGAGUGGAAUCCUGACGACGAGCACACGGAUGGGAGAGUCGGGAGUAAACGCAAGCCGAAAAAGGAAUCUGCCUAGUGCGACGACUUUUCACACGAAUACGGCCAAGGCAUUGUCGGCUUUACUAGAAACCGACGGCCAUGAAUAUUACUAGACGACGGCAUUUGAGAACGACGAUAAGUCUGGUUCGCAAUCAGAACUGAACGAGGAAAGAUCGCAAUCAGCAUUGGCAGGGAAGGCAACGAUCAGAAUUGAGCAAAGGAUAUGGGGAU